GCUGAAUGGAAAACGUCCCGGGCACCCUUCGCGGACGACUCGGGUUUCCCUCAGUUUACGCAGGGCGCCACAAAAGGGCGGAUUGUUUACGCUGUGUUUACCUGCGACCAGGUAAACUGUGAGAUGCCUUGGAGGUGGGGUAAUCAGGUGCGCCGUGGCAAAAGGUGAUGACUCGCCCGGCCAGAACUCGAUAUCUUCCCGCCCAGACAUAAAAGGAGCCGGGAGAUUACGGGUGCAGAUAGCUCACCCAUCCCUCUCCCUCAGAACCCACCCGCGUUAUCUAAAUCAUCGCCACUUAAGAGCAAGGGGAAUGAGAAUGGCAAACACGGCUUAAAGGUGGCGGUGGCGUAUCGUAGCUGACCAAACACGAGGCUUGACAAUAUGAAAGGGCGGGCUUCCCACCUGAUGUGUAUUGAUAAAACACCGUAAUAAGAUUUCACGGGCUGGCCUGAUAAACGUUAGGAGAUCCGACGGUGGGGAGAGGAGAGGGGAGGCGUGUAUGGGGGUCGGGCCGCUGAUUGGUGAGGGAUUUUGUGAAUCAUCCUCCCGGAGAGGUCACGUGUUCUGGCGUAGUAUACAACUACGUCAGGGCCGGAGCGACCAACCAGUCUAGAGUUACGACACGUCCUCGACGCAAGACAUACUCACACAGAGACACCACGUUUUUUUCUUAAGGCGUCGAACCCACGUCCUGCCGUUUUCGGUCACAAGUCCACGUACGACUUUGCUGUUCUUUCUUCUAACAGUGUCUGUAGUGAAAACCCUCGUGGCUUACGUGCCAGUUGGAAACUUCCGGUAUUCUGACAGCCUUCGUCGGAAACCAAACAGUUUUCACGUUGAUAGUUGAACGUUGGGACAGGUAUUUUCACUGCACCGCAACAAGGCAGCUGUGCGACUCUAACCAGGAGACGUCUUUCUACAAAUCUCGAGAGAAAGAAACUUACAAUGAUGUACGGUUCGUCGCCGAUCCUUACCUGCUCCGUUCCUCGGAUCACCCCGUACCCACCGCCGCCGCCGAUCUUCUCCAGCGCCCCUGGCUUCCCGACCCCGCCCGCCACCACUCUACAGACCGCCCCGUGGCUCCAGAUACCCGUCAGGGCACCGUACUCGCCGCCCGUGCCGUACGUGUACGAAGGCCAGCUCGUCCGCGACAUCCUGCCGACAGACCCCUGUAAACAGGCGCUCCUCAUGGCUUCUCAGGCGGCGGGACUCACAGGUGUCACCGACUACCCAGACGACUCGAAGCCGACGAAGCAGCGCCGCAGCCGUGCGAACUACAGCCAGUGGCAGCUGGAGGAGCUGGAGAAGGCGUUUGAGACGACUCAGUACCCGGACAUCUUCAUGCGGGAGGCGCUGGCGCUCAGACUGGACCUGAUAGAGGCCCGGGUACAGGUCUGGUUCCAGAACCGCCGUGCCAAACUCCGUCGUCAGCUCAAACUUCAAGGCAAGGACCCAAAAGAGGCCCUGAAACCUCCCAACUCCAACAAGAACAGCGAGGACAACGACAUCAGCGGCAGCGGCAGCGACAGCGACCCGGACGAGAAGGCAGAAUACAAGAAAGAGAAGCCGAAGUUCUCUUGGCCCGGGAUGAGACCGAAGGGAGAGCCCGAGAUGGUUGCGCCACCCUUCGCGGGUGUCCUGCAGGGUCUGCCCGCCGGGAAGAAGGAGGCACUCGGUGGGAAAUCUACGGGGUCGAACCACGAGGAGGCGGGGAGGAGAGAUAGCAGCAUCGCCAAACUCAGGUCCAAGGCUAAAGAACACCUGGCGAAUAUCGAGGCCAUCUGGACGGAAAGGAGUUCGAGCGAAAGUGAGAAGGAGGAAGAAACGAGUUCAGACUCUGGGAAAGAGAACGUUGAAGUCGACGUUGACGUUGAGAGUUUGUAGCUACAUUUUCAAAAUUCUUUCGUCUUAGACUUGUAGCAGAUCUUUGUUCCUGUUGUACAAACAUUGAAUAUGUACCCAGCUCUAGUAUGGAAAUUUGUUAGGUUAGAUGUUUUUUUGUAAUCACGAAGUGCGGGUCACUCUCAGAGUAUUUUCUAACGUAAUGAUAGUGACAUUGUUUUUUGUACCCAGCUAGUCUAGGUACCAGCAAGGCAGAAACCAUACUAACAAUAACUCAUCAAAUAGUCCUUUUGUAAAAGUCCUCUUGUUUUGUAUUUUGUCAUCAGACUGGGGGACCACUCGGUUUUCAACAAUGUAACAUGCAUGCAUGUAUGCAUGUACGUAAUGCGGUGUUUGUUAGUAUGUAUGUAUGUAUGUAUGUACAGUAAUAUUUUUUUUUACUUUUCUUAUCGGUUCGUUAGAAAUAUCGAGCAUAUCACUGCUUUCCAAGCAUCUACAUGUAUGAAAAACUAAACCAUUCUAAAUCAUGUGAACACUAAGAAAAAAAAUAACUAUCGUAAUUCCUAUAUGCUAUACGGUACAGUAUUUUGUGAACUUCUGGAAAGAACGGCAAUGAUCCUUGCGAAAAUAUGCAAUAAGGUUUUCAUCUUGUUUAGACAUUCAUGUCUUCAAUAUAUUGCAAUCUUUACCCUUCUGUGCAAAUGUACACAGCAGUAGAAGUAUUAUAGAGUGCAGUAUCGCUAGAGUAAGUACAUUCAUUCGAAUUAUAUGAACUCCACAAGAGUCGUGUCUAUUCAAGUGAAGUUAGUGCAAACCAUUUCAUGCGACUCUGUUUUGUGUUUUGUUUUUUAGUUACAGGUUUUUUUGUAAAUAAUUGAAGUAUCUUAAGUUUGUGUAAAUAUUUACAGGUACAGUUUGACGCUGCAUUUCAGAAAGGAGCUGAACAUUUUUGUAACAGAAGUGUUAUCAUAUUCUCAUCUCAAACAUUCAAGAAUCACGAUGUGUAUCUAUUUCAUAAUCGGUAACGACAACGGCUUUGUACGUCGAAGGAAGGUCGCAUUUCCCAACCAAAGAUUUGAAUAAAGAAAUGAGAAAGU